AAAGAAGUGUAUAAGGAGGAAUUGUGAAAACAUAAAAAAACUGUUUGCUUUUAUUAAAUCUUCAUAUGUAUUAACUUCAUGAUUCAAUCGGAUUCUUGCUAUUUUGGACAUUAUCAGAAAUAUGAAAUGCGGAAGUAUUAUCGUUCUUGUGCGUUUCUCAAGUUGAGUGCUGGUGUAAAAAAGCUGUUUACAAAAUUUGCAUCAAACGAUGGAUCAUGGACGCAUCGUGCUACUGGAAGAGCCUCUUCAUCAUCGACGUACUAAAUUUUAAAGAAUUAUUCUAGUUUUAAAAUAAGUUCGCAUUUAAGGGUUCGAAUCAUACCGUGUUCCAUGGAAAAUGGUUAGAUCAUUAUUGCAGAAAAAAAUGUGCUACACAAAUUUUCGCAUCACACAUUUGAUAUUUGGUGUUAUUAUAUUAGCGACCAUAAUAUUCUAUUCCACUCUGAAUAGUCGACAAUUUGAUAUACCCUUGAAACGAUAUCCGGAGCCACGCUUGAACAGCUCAGAAAAGUACUAUGCAGCGUUUCAAAUGGCAAAUUCGACAUCACGUACCGUGCAACUACAGGCGAAACAAUCAAACAGGAAAAAUUGUGGAUUUUUUACCUUCCUAGCUAGUGGCUGUGGUUCAUCAACUAACAUUACAAAUGUGUUGCGGAAACUAGGUGAAGUAAACCUAAUCUCGAAUGAGUCUACGGUUAAAGAAGAUGCAGAAAUUGAUAAUAUACAACGAAUAGACAAACUAUCCGAAUCUCAACCAGUAGAUGAUUCAAAGAAGCAUAAUUUACCUACUGGAAAUAGUUCUACAUCUACCAAGACGGCCGUCUCCAUACCCGUUGAAAGCACGACGGAGAAAGUAGUUAAGACCAAGGAUAUUUAUGAACGGGGGCACAUGAAUGACCCAGCUAGUAUUAAUAAUAUUUGCCCGAACAAAGGUUCAGAUGUAAAUCUACUCAUUUUGGUUACAUCGGCUCCUACUCACCGCGAACAAAGGUUGUCCAUACGACAAUCCUGGGGACAUUACGGUAUACGCCGAGAUAUAUCCAUUGGAUUCGUGCUUGGACGCACGUCAGAUCAGCGUAUCGAGGAUCAACUGUCGGCGGAAAAUUACAUGUACAGUGAUUUAAUAAGGGGGAAUUUCAUCGACAGCUACAGGAAUCUCACUCUAAAAACGAUAUCUCUACUCGAAUGGACUAGCAUCAAUUGUCCAAAUGCAACCUAUCUGCUGAAAACCGACGAUGACAUGUUUAUAAAUGUGCCGAAAUUGCUGCAAUUCAUCGAAUCUCAUCUGAGUUAUAAGCGUUCGAUAUUCGGACGAUUAGCCAAGAAAUGGAAACCAAUCCGGAACAAAAAGUCCAAGUAUUAUGUCAGUCCGGAACAGUAUUUUCCUCCAGUAUUUCCACCUUUUACUACCGGUAUGUAUUAUUCUAUAUUUAUACGUUAUUCUGUCUCAGUUCUAAAGAAUUUAUUUAACAUGUUUCAAAAACGUACAGUAAACCGGGAGCAACUAUUUUGUUUUGUUUGGUCAAAAAUAUUGGCAGUGUAAUUAUGGAAGAACUCU